AACACACGUCAGCUGUCAAAAUAAAUCUGUUGUGUCAUGUCACCGUAAUAUUUUUAUUUGUAAUUCUCACAAUUUAAAUAGCGUAAAAACAAAUAAAACCGCAACAUUAGAAUUCCAAAUACGAUAGGAAACUGUGAUUUACCGAACUCACUAUGCAUUGGUUUGGAGGGAGUAUCGCUGAGGCUGUAAAUCUGUCGAAACAGAAAAAUGCGAUUUUCGUCGUAUUUAUUGAAGGAGACAAUGACCUGUCAUCAGAAAUGGCGUCCACCAUAGACGACACGGCUGUUGUGAAGAGGCUCUCAAACGAGACGAACUUCUUAGCUAUCAAGCUGAAGAGCGGAACCACUAAUUAUACGCACUUCGCUCAGAUUUACCAGUUCGUGCCCGUGCCAUCCCUGUUCUUCAUUGGAAGGAACGGCACCCCCCUCGAGGUGGUCUGCGCGGGAGUGCAGCCAGCCAACUUGGCAACCAGGAUUGACAGGAUACUGGAACAACAUUACAAAGAGAAGCCCUCGGUGCAACCUUCAACAUCAUCACAAAACAUCAAAGAGCAGACCGCAAACAUGUUACAAUCCGAGGCCGCCGCCGAGAAACCACUGGCAACUGAGAAACCACUGACAGCUGAGAAACCGCAGGCAGCUGAGAAACCGGAGGCAGCUGAGAAACCGGAGGCAGCUGAGAAACCGCAGGCAGCUGAGAAACCGCAGGCAGUUGAGAAACCACAACCACCUGAGAAGCCACAGGCACCUGAGAAACCAGGUGCUUUAUCUUUAGUCCAAGAAUCAUCAGAGCCAGCGGCCAAAAUCCAGAAGACUCAUCAUUCUCCAUCAGGUCAAGAGUACGAGGUGGUCUGCGAUGGUGAUGUCUGCGUCCGCAAACCCGCCAAUAAGCCGGACCAGCCGGGGCCCAGCCAGAGGGGGGAGGAGACCAUGGUCACAGAUCAGCAACCUGCGCCGGCGCAGUCUGAAACCAGCAUCGAGGAGAAACUGGAGAGGGCCAAGGAGCUGAUCGAGGCCAAGAGGAGGGAGAAAGCCGCCCAGGAGAAAGAGUUGGAGAAACAGAGAGAGUUGGAGCGUCGUAAUGCUGGACAAGGUGUAGCGGAGCUGAAACGGUGGCAGGCUGAUCAGGAAAUGAAGCAGAUACAGGAGGAACGCAAACGGGAGAAAAUGGAGAACAAUAUGGCGCGGCAGAGGAUCCUGGAACAAAUAGCGCAGGACAGGGCCGAGAGACGCGCCAGGGACCAGCCGCCGCAGCUCGCAGCCGUGACAGCGCCGCCGGCGCAGCCAGCCGCCGCGACGGGCGACGAGCGCCGCGCCCGGCUGCAGUUCAAGCUGCCCGACGGCAGCUCCCACACGGCUCAGUUCCCCGCGGACGGGAAACUGCGUGACGUCACUAGUUACAUUGCCAAUAAUUUGCAGCUAUCGACGUCCCAAAUAUCCCUAUGGACGGCGUUCCCUCGUCGGGAACUCACCGAAGCCGACGCCACGUUGAGAGAGUUACAACUAGCGCCAUCUGCCGCUCUGCUGGUGCAGACUCGCAGGUCAAUGCCCCCGGCGGAGAGGAGCACCUCGUUCGCUAAUCUCAUUGCCUUCUUUACACAAUUCUUCACAUCAUUCAUCUUCGAGCCGACACAGCAGUUCUACACGUGGCUCCGAUCUCGCCUCUUUCCGGCGGCCCCGAGGCCCCCACGGACCCCCACAGAGAACCCUAGGUCCCCACCAGGGCUCAGGAAGAGGAACAACAUCCACAGGCUCCCAGGGGAUAGGUCGGGAGAUGACGAGAACAACACGUGGAAUGGAAAUUCAACACAACAAAUGUAAAUAAUGAAGAUGUUAAACGUUCCUUAUUUCUCGAAAUGAGGUUUUCAAUAAAUGAUGAUGUAAAUGUUCCUUAUUUCUCGAAAUGAGGUUUUCAAAAAAUUAUGAUGACGAAAUGAGGUUUUCAAUGUAAAUGUUCCUUAUUUCUAGAAAUGAGGAUUUCAAAAAAUGAUAAUAUAAAUGUUCCUUAUUUCUAGAAAUAGGGUUAUUACAAAAUGGUUUAAUGGUUACUCACUCUGUAGGUAAUUUAUUGAAAAUGAUGUUUUUCCUGACCUCUCGCGAAUAUAACGCGACAUGUUGGAUGUAAUUUUUAAAAUGACAACUAAACGUGAUUCACAUUUCAUAGGAUAAUGUUAUUCUUUUGUUAUAAAUAGGUUCAAAAUUGCAUCAAGAUUACUUCAUAAAUGUCUGUUAUAACAAAAGGAUACUUACCAAAAAAUAAAAAAUGAAAAUCGUAUUUCAUAGGAUAAUGUUCCUUAUUUCUAGAUGGGAAAAGUUUAAAAGUUGCACCAAAAGACAUUAUAUGUGACCAAAAAAAAAAAUGAUAAUUACAAAUUGUAGUAAAUGUUAACUAUUUUCAUGAUUAUUUCUCAAUAUAAUUUGUUACUUGUUAUAAAAAGUUUUUGGAGUUUUUAAUUCAAUCCAAUCACAUAAAUAAUUGGAUAUUUUUAACAAUGUCUUCUAAGUGUCCAAAAUAUUUUUUUUUCUUUUCGAAAUACACUCAAAUUACUCAAACUUUUUAAUCUAAAUUUCCAGUAUAUUUUAUCGUUUUAUUCUCAAUAUUUUUACUAUAAAAUGAAUCGUAAAACUCGUAAAAUUUCCCGUUCUUGUACAAUAUAAUUUUGUAUAAAAAAGCAUCUCAUGGUCUAAUAAAUAAUGUUUAGAAAUGAUUCAUGCUGUCAGCUCUAAAACUAGUCUCAAAAUGAAUGUCUAAACAACCUUAUAUUACCCAUAAGUUAACUGAAAUUCCUAUAUCAUUAUCAAAGCCUCUAUUUGAUAAAUUUAAAACAAAAAAAGGAAAAUUUAAUGUAAAAAUGUGACUUCAAAAGUUUGGGAACCACUACUUUAAGUACGUAAUUUCUCUCACUUUGAAAAUGCAAUCUUUCACUUUUAAGGUGCUUUCUUAAAUAUAAAAGUUGUAAUAUAAAUUAAUAUAUAAUUGAUGUAUUAUGCCAUACUGCACUAUAUUAUGUCAGCCUGGAAAGGAAUGUAAAUUAAAUAAAUUUAAAAUAGGGGUCCA